GUCGUACACACUUUAGCUCCAUGGUUUGAGGAGACGUUCUUUGUGUGCCAUUGUUCGCACAAGCAAAAUUGAGUGGGGAAAAAACGAUAAAUGGACCGUGGUUCAAAGCGUAGGCAGGUGAAGCCCCUGGCUGCCUCUCUGCUGGAUGCAUUGGACUACGACAGCUCUGACGACAGUGAUUUUGAAGUAGGAGAGGAAGGAGCCUCAGGUUCAGAGGGCAGUGGCAUUGGCAGUGAUGAGGAGGAAAGCCCCGCGGGCUCCGACAGCGACUCGGACAAUGUCGGAUCUGCCGAAGAAGAGGCCAGAGAGCUGACCGCAGACGACACUGUCACCGAGGACGAGGAGAAGACCAAGGAGCCGGCGUCCUCUGACGGCCCCUCCAAAGAGCCGCCCGCCUCUGACGGCCCCUCCAAAGAGCCGCCCGCCUCUGACGGCCCCUCCAAAGAGCCGCCCGCCGAGGCCCCCAAGUGCCGAAGGAGGUGCGACAGGGCGUCCGACUCGGAGGCCGGCGGCAGCGGGACGGGGAACGGCGGAGCCGGGAACCCGGAGGAGGGUCUGGCGGCCGAACCCAAGAAGUGGAACCUGCGCAGGAACCGGCCCAUGCUGGACUUCACCACCAUGGAGGAGCUGAAUGAGAUGGACGACUACGAUAGCGAGGAUGACAACGACUGGAGGCCCGCCGCCGGCAAGAAGAAAGGCAAGGCCACUGCCCAGAAGGGCGGGAGCGGGGAGGAGGACGAGGGGAGCGGCAGCGAGGAGGAGGAGGACGACGACAACGAGGACGCCGAGGGCUGCGGGGACGAGGAGGGGGAGGAGCCGAGCAGCAGCGACAGUGAUGACGUGAAGAAGCCCAAGAGGAAGGCGAAGAGCAGCAACGCCUUCGACGAGGAGCUGACCAACGACAGCAUGACCCAGGAAAAGGGCAACGAGGACACGCUACUGGAGCGCGCCCAGACCUGGAGCUCCCAGAGGAUGGAGCACAUCCUGAUCUGCUGCGUGUGCCUGGGAGACAACAGCGAGGACGCCGACGAGAUCAUCCAGUGUGACAACUGCGGAGUGACCGUGCACGAGGGUUGCUAUGGCGUCGACGGCGAGAGUGACUCCAUCAUGAGUUCCGCCUCAGAGAACUCCACCGAGCCCUGGUUCUGCGACGCCUGCAAGAACGGCGUCACGCCCAGCUGUGAGCUCUGCCCCAAUCAGGACGGGAUCUUCAAAGAGACCGACGCCGGGAGAUGGGUCCACGUGGUGUGCGCCCUCUAUGUCCCUGGAGUGGCAUUUGGAGACAUUGAUAAACUGCGUCCAGUAACCCUCACCGAAAUGAACUACUCCAAAUAUGGAGCCAAGGAGUGCAGCUUCUGCGAGGACGCGCGCUUCGCCCGCACCGGGGUGUGCAUCAGCUGUGACGCGGGCAUGUGCCGCUCCUACUUCCACGUGACGUGCGCCCAGCGGGAGGGCCUGCUGUCGGAGGCCGCGGCGGAGGAGGACAUCGCCGACCCUUUCUUCGCCUACUGCAAGCAGCACGCGGACCGCUUCGACAGGAAGUGGAAGAGGAAGAACUACCUGGCGCUCCAGUCGUACUGUAAGGUGUCACUGCAGGAGCGGGAGAAGCAGCUGGCGCCCGAGGCACAGGCCCGCAUCACCACGCGCCUGGAGCAGUACCGGGCCAAGGCGGAGCUGUCGCGGAACACGCGGCCGCAGGCCUGGGUCCCCCGCGAGAAGCUGCCCCGCCCCCUGACCUCCAGCGCCUCGGCCAUCAGAAAGCUGAUGAGGAAGGCGGAGCUGAUGGGCAUCAGCACGGACAUCUUCCCGGUGGACACGUCCGACAUCAGCGCCAGCGUGGACGGCCGCAGGAAGCACAAGCAGCCCGCGCUGACCGCCGACUUUGUCAACUACUACCUGGAGAGGAACAUGCGCAUGAUCCAGAUCCAGGACAACAUCUCGGAGCAGAAGAGCCUGAAAGACAAGCUGGAGAGCGAGCAGGAGAAGCUGCACGUGGACUACAACAAGCUCUGUGAGUCUCUGGAGGACCUGCAGGGCGUCAACGGAGACCUGAGGAGCCAGGGCCAGGUGUUGUGGUCCUUACUGGGUGGCAUGCUAGGCCAGAAACUGAACUCUCCAGCUGUGCUGAGAGCCCCGAAGGAGAGGAAGCCGAGCAGGAGGGAGGGAGGAGCCCCGGGGAAGUCUCCCAACCUCCCAGCCAUCCUCUACAGCUGUGGGAUCUGUAAGAAGAACCAGGACCAGCACCUGUUGCUGCUGUGUGACACCUGCAAGCUGUACUACCACCUGGGAUGCCUGGAGCCUCCACUCACACGCAUGCCCAAGAAGACCAAGAACAGCUACUGGCAAUGUUCCGAGUGUGACCAGGCCAGUAGCGACGAAGCCGACAUCGCCAUGGAGACGCUACCAGACGGCACCAAGAGGUCCAGGAGGCAGAUCAAAGGGCCAAUCAAGUUCAUCCCUCAGGACCUGUCUCCAGAGCCCAAGAAACUGCAGAGAACCAGAGGACAGAAGAGGAAGAGGGUGUCCAUCUGUGAAGAUGAUGACAAGACUGAGGAACCGCCCCAGCGGGAGCGUCGCCAGCGGCAGGCUGCCCUGCAGAAGAAGCCCAAGGCCGACGACACCCGGACCGACUGCACCACCUGCCAAGGACCGGGCGAUAACGACAACCUAGUGAGGUGUGACGAGUGUCGUCUCUGCUACCAUUUUGGGUGCCUGGAUCCUCCCCUGAAGAAGUCCCCGAAGCAGACGGGCUAUGGCUGGAUCUGUCAGGAGUGUGACACGUCCUCCUCCAAGGUGAGUGUGUGUGAGGAAGAGGAAGAGGAAGAGCGGGAAGGGGAAGUGGACUACAUCAAAGAGGAAAUGGCAGAGCAUGAGAUUCCAAACUGAGAGAGCAGCGAGACCGUCCAGAGCUCACAGGGAUCAGUCCUGCAGUGAUCAUCAUCUCCCAGGACCUACUUUGUACAGUAUACUCUCCUCUGGUCAGCCAGACGACAGAUUGAGAUACCACUCACUUUAGUUUUGUAGCCAGAGGAACAGUAUAUUUAAAAAAUAGAAAAGAGAAAAAAGAAUGUCUUCUGAAUGGUGUUGCCUUGUCGGGAGAAGCAGCAGUAUUGUCCUGUAUUUUCAGAGGAAAGGGCUCAAGUAACAGGAGAUGGUGACGUUGACCUCUUGUUUAUGCAUAGCAUCUCCAUGAAGCAGCACAUUGAUGUAUUCAGAGGGGUAUUCUAUUCCGAAAGGCCUGCUGAGAAGUCAUGUUCCCAGGGACACCAGAGGAGAGAAUCUGCAGCAGAGUUCAACUCAGGGAAAGUGUCUGGUUGGACAUGUUCAUAAAGGCCACCACGGAUUUAUGAGGCCAACCUUAACCUUUCCCUGCAAUCUAUUUUCAUACACUAAUCAGCGUCCAAUGUUUACAGUAGCCCAUUUACUGUGGUGAGGUCAGAUCAGAGUGGUGUACAAUCAUUCUGCAAAACACUGUUUCAGGAACACCAUGUGAAAACCAUGGUCAUUUUGUCACCAGUUCAAAGAAGAUUGUUUUUUAAUCUGGUAUCUCCUUCAAAUUUCAGGACCUUUUGUAUGAUUUAGUUAAUAUAUCCUGUAUAAUAUUCUGUCUAAAACAUGCCAGUACCCUAAAAAAAUAUAUUUUAGUAGCACUUCAUUUGAGCAUUAUUUGAUUUGUUUAAAAUGUAAAUGGUCUCAAAAAAAGGUGCGACAUUCAGUACUAUACAAUUACAAUAUAUUACCUCUUGAAGUGAUACCAAUAAGUUUUAUGUUGGGGUUUUUUCAAAGCUAAAUGUGUGUUUACUAAGAAUCUGUAUUUAGAUACUUUAUAAAAGUGACAGUGCCAAUAAAGGUCACAUGAAUG